AAACGUGGGGCUUAAUGAGCUCUCCCUGAAAAGAUCACAGCCCUGGUCCUUGCCCGGCCUGUUUUAGAUAAAUAAUAAUAAAGGGUGGCUGCGUUAGUGCAGGAUUUGCUCUGGCCUGCUCUCCCUGACAGUGAAACGGAGGGGAGAGGAAAAGGCAAAUUAAGGGGAAGGUCUGAAUGAUAUUUUAUGGACGUUUUAGAUUUUUUUUUUUUUCAUAGAAGAAAGGUAAGCUGGUGGCAGCUAAUACGGAUUCCCGAUAGCAACUGGUACCCUUGCUCAGUGCCAAUACCCAUAUAAAUAUCUCAUCUCUCCUUGAAACCAUGAAUGCAGAAGUUACGCACUAUGGCGUUGUCAGACUCGGUUACUACUUGUCUUUCUCAGCCUGUGCAUUAUGCAAUUUGCAAACUUGGAUUUGAGAAGAAAGAUACAUAUGAUAUUAACAAUAUUUUAUCUGGAAACGGUGAAAUAUGUUGGCAAGCUGUUACAGACCAUGUGUGUUACCUUGAAUCAGAUCAAAGUGUGGAUUUUAUCAAAAGCAUACGAUCAUUAGGACCUGUAUGUGAAUCUGUUAAUGUGCACUUCAAAUCUCUGACCAAGGAUCAAUUCAUAAUUCAGUAUGCAUCGUGGUUGCAGUGGACAAACUGCACAGAGGUAUUUCUUGAAGUAUUUGAUGUUUUACAAUACGCACAAACUACAGAAGUUGCUCUCAGCUUAAUGAAACUAACAUCAUGCUUGGAGCGAGCCUUGGGUGAUGUAUAUUUACUUAAGGGUAAUGAUUGCCCUUUCCUUCUAAGAGACUUGCUUGCAUCUGAGCAGCUAGCAGUUGUCUUUGGACAAGCUGUAAUGAAUGUACUGAGGAUAUUCAUUGGAUCUCCAUAUGGUCUGAAUCUUCGUAAUGUUUUGUGGCAUGGAUUUGCAUCCCCACAAGAAAUUCCUGCCAAAUAUUGUGCUAUGCUGCUUUUUUUAACUGCAGGAUUGGGUCAGUUGUUGCAGACUUAUCUUUUGCAAACUAAAUGCAUUUUACUACAUCGACCUUAUGUGGUCUUCGUUAGCUUAGAGGAGCUUGAUGUAUUUCCAGAUCUUAAUAAUGAAACACUUUCCAUAGCUGAAGAGCUUGUAAAACUGUCCAGUUUUGCAUUAAAAACAAUGUUACCAUUUUGGAUUGCUGCUUUAACAGCUUUCAAGCAAAGCAGAUAUGCUGACAGUGUGAUUCUCUUACUUCCUCAGCUGGAAGCUGGACUUAGAUUGCUCUUCACUACAACUAAUAAAUGUCCAAAUCGUUUGCUAACAGCUGAGUCUUCUGCUUUCUACACCACUUUUGAUGAGAUGCUAGCAAAGCAUUUGGAUAAUGAAGAAGUCAACCAACUACCUGUAGUUCUUGAGGAGCCUGCCAUGGAAUUUCUUUGGGAUUUCUUGAACCACCAGGAGGGUCCACGUGUAAGAGAUCGUUUAAGCCACGGAGAAAUCAAUCUAGAAGCAUUUCCCAGAGAAGUAGCAAAUCAGAUAGUUGCAUUUGCAAUUACUCUUCUCUGCAGAUUCUCAGAUGAGAAUAUGUUUUCUCUUAAGGAACAUAUAGUCAUAAAACCACUGAUGAACUGUGCAAGUUGCUACCAAUCUCGAUUUCAUCCAAUUUCCCGUCUCAAGAAACAGGUGCUGGAAUGUAUGAAGAGCAUUCACUUAUGGUCCGAAUUGCCAACAGUGCCUGAGGAACAAGUUCAAACAAUUAAAGGUUUGGAAGAAAACGCUGAAGCUAGUACUUUAAUUUUUAUGAUAUCUGAAAUUACAUCUCAGUUGCUGCAGUAUAUGCCCCAGAAUUGCUGUAGUUCAGAUGAUCCAAUCAAUAGCGUCCUAACAGAGAGGCUGUUGACUGAACUUUGUGAUACGCGUAUUUGCACCCUUUACUGUCCACGACCUGUUCUGGAAAUAGUGGUGAUACUCCGCAAAAUGAGCACGCAGUGCCAUCAAGUGUCCGAACAAGUUAUUGCCAGCGCUGAGGUGAGAUACACACAGUGGGUGAACAAGACUCUGCGUUCUCGUCAGAGGCAUAACUAUCUACGGAUGUUGAACAGCAUUAAAUUUUUGUCUCCAGUGUUGCGACUCAUCUUAAUAUUGAUUACUGUGGAAUUAGUCAGUGUUCAUGCUGUUUGUAAGAAGAAUCCUUUUGAUUAUCAGCAGUAUCUAAAGUUUUUGAAGUUAGUGUUGCAGUACACUGAAAACUUGGUGACAUACACAAGCCCUGAGAAAAACAAGUGGGAUGAAACCAUGGAACUUACAAACAAGGCUUUGAUAAAAAUAAGAAAAAUCAGUGACAGAAAGCUAAUGUUAAUGCAUCUAGCUACAUGAAUUAAAUGGGCUUAAGACUGUUUGGACAUUGUAAUAUCUAAAGACUUCUGGAGUCCUCAUAUUUGAGAAGUCUAAUUCAAAGACAAACUUCACCAACCAUUGUCAAAGUUUGGAUGCAAAAUGUAGUCUUUUUAUUAGAACGUAGCUGUUGAGACUGGAGGUGAUCAAGCUUUCAUUGAAUGAAUUGUUUACUGAAUGCACUGAAAAAGAUUUACUGUGAACUAAAUCAGGAUGUUGCAAGUUCUACUGUAAGUUUAAUUUGUGUUAUGUCCAUUGGGGCUUUUUUUGUAGUUUUCUAUUGUACUGAAAAAUAGCUAAAUAAAGAGUGUGAAUAAAAGAUCUGAGAUUUUUAAAUUCAAAAAGUAAUUUUUUACUUUUUAAUACACUGGAAUUUAUGUCAGACACUGUGUUCAACAGGUUAGGAAACAAUGAGCAUAGAAUAGCACUCGUUGGCACCUGUGGUUCUCGCUGUUAGUUCUAAACAGUGUCAGAUCUUGCACUGAGGUAGAGCUGAUAACACAAGUUGUUUAUAUACCAGAAUUUAAAGGAUACAAGGUGAAAUAACUUUUGCACAACGUGUGUUUAUUUUGUUUAAUUUCUUCUGCUCAUUCCCAAUACGUAUUCAGUUAGUCAGUUGGUGAAUAGCUCACAUGUACAUGCUCACAGACACAUAUUCAUUGUGGUUCAGAAAGUUAUCCUCUUUUUGCACAUAACAUUCAUUUGAAUAAUUUAUUUUUUAAGAAUACAUCCUUCCCCUUUUUCAUCACCAAAGAAUAGAAUUUCAGAGAACAGAAUCACAGAAGACCACCAGUGUCUAUCCAUUUGCUUUCUCCUAUGGAGAGUAAAACCAGAGGGUACUGUCUGGAGAAUAUUUGUCUCUACAGAGGAUUAGAGAUUCAAAUUACAUUUUAAUAAGCUUCUUUGCAAUGUUUCUUGACUGAAAAUCACAGUGAGAAUUUAGUUUAUUUGGUGUGGGGGAUUGAUAUAUGCUAUGAUCAUAUUGCUUCCUUUAUGUUACUCUUGAAAUAUAUCAUGUGCGUUUGAAAUGUAGCUGUGUCACUUUUUUUAUUGCUAUGAUACCUAAAGGGUGUGAAGAAGUUUGAACUAGAUAAAAAAAGAUUAAGAAUAGAGAAUAAUGAAUGAAAUGCAGUGUAUGAGCCACAGUCUAAAAUGUCAGCUUUUUUUAAAACCUCAGUUGGCAAAUAUUAAUUAUAUUUUUGGAGGCUUUGAUUUUGCUGAGACACGUUAACUUCAGCUAGGUGUGGCUUGGUAGUGACAUUUAUGAUGACACUUGCUUUGAUGGUGGUAAGUAUUGUAAGGGGGUGGAUGAUAAGUAUUGUAAGGCAAAAAUUAUUUAAGAUUUACAUGUUGAUUGUAUGAAAGAGAUCAACAAAUUAAAACACAGUCAUGUUUUAGAAACACAUAAAUGGCUGACAUGCUUUCUCCUUUUGGAAGUGUGUUCAUGUACUGAAAAGCACCAUUAUAGACCAUAGGUGUAUAUUUUCAACAGCGUAAGUUCUCCUUUUGUUCCUGUAUUUAAACUUCGCUAAAAUUAUCUUGCAUGCUGUUCUCUUCAUAUACUUUAACCUAAGAUAGAGCACAUUGACAGUUUCUUCUUUUGUAAUUAGUGCUGUAGCUGUGAUUUUCUGCUCUAAGUCUGCAGUAAGAAACAUGAUGGACCUUUGGCAAUUUUGUCAAAGAUGCUUUUCCAGUUUGUUUUCCUACCUCUGAAGCUCUCUGAUGGGAACACUGCUGCCAUCUAUUGUUGAACAAAUCUUGAACAGGCUGGGACAAUCCAGUUAUUUAUUCUGACUUAAUGCUGUCAUUUGCCAGUAGGGCUUAUGGCUUAUGGAUUCUUCCUGCUGUUAAAAGACUUGUGGAAUACAGCUGUAGAAUAAGUUUAUAUCCUACAAUGCACAUUAAAGAACAAAGGGCAAAAGACAUGGUAGAGGUCAUUGGGUUUGUUCUUUAUCAGUUACUUACUUUUCCACUUCAGUUACUCAUCUUUGCCAUCUCUCUCUUUGGAGUCACUUUUGAGGUUCAAGUUAUUGGAAAGAGUCUUAACUUCAAACACUCAGUAUUUCUGAGAACAAAACAAGCUUAGAAUAACCUAAGACAUACAGUGGGGUCCAUGCAUGAGUAACACUGACAAAACACAUCACAUUCAAGUGUUCUGAUUUUCUUGUCCUAAAGUGUUGCAGUGGACCUGCAGUAUAUAAGAAGGACAGAAGUUUUUACUGUUGUUUGGGUGAACAUGCUUUCAAAAUGGCUUUUUUGUAGUCUUUUUGUUAACUCCCUUUCUUCUUCCCAAGUACCCCCUCGAGUUAUCUCUACUGAGGAAUGUCUGAGGAGAUAAUUGGAAGUUUUCUCAUUGGCUUUGUUAGCUCCUUAUCUAUUGGUUGUUAACCCUUUCUUGCCACUGGUGGGUUUGUAAGACCCUUUGAACUUUUGAUUGGUUGUUCUGUGAUCCCCUCAAAACCUAUGUAUAUCCCUUUCCAUGAACAAUAAACUCUCUC